AUGGAGGCGGGAGCGAAGGAGUCGGCGGGAGGGGAAGGAGCGGCUGCGGCGGCCGCGGGGGAGGACCCGACGGCUCGGGAGGCGAGGAAGCGGUACGAGCGACUGCUGGCGGUGCGGAGCAAGGCGACAAAGGGGAAGGGCGCGUGGUAUUGGACCCACCUGGAGCCCAUCCUGGUUACGGCCGCCGGGGCGGCGUACCCCUCCGCCGCGAAGCUACGCUGCGCGCUCUGCGCCUCCUUGUUCUCCGCCUCCAACCCCUCGCGCACCGCCUCAGAGCACCUCAAACGCGGCGCGUGCCCCAACUUCUUCUCCCCUUCGUCCACCGCCGCCUCCGACCCCGCUGCUUCCCUUGCGGCCCCCGUCGAUCCCGUUCCUAUCUCCUCCUUACCUCCAGCGUCCCCUCGUGUUCGUCCCCACCGUCUCCUCAUCCGGCAGCGCCCUGACGCAGUACCACCUCAUCAGUCCAAACCACCGCUGUUACUCUCCGGCGGGAAGGAGGACCUCGUCGCGCUGGCGAGGCUGGAGGACCGCGUCAAGAAGCUUAAAAGUCCCAUGAUCUCCCCCGCCACCCUCCCCAAGCCCCAGGCCGACUCUGCUCUAGCUCUGGUCGCCGACUGGGUCUUCGAAUCUGCCGGUGCAGUCUCCCCCUCCGCCCUUGAUCACCCAAAGUUCCAAUCUUUUCUCAACCAGGUCGGCCUUUCCUCUAUCCCCUCUCGUCAGCUCGUUUUCUCUUUUCUUGAUGCUCGACACCAGGAGGUCCUGUCGGAGUUUGAGGCCAGAAUACGUGAUGCCGCUUUCUUCCAGCUUGCUUCCAAUGGAUGGAAGUCGUCGGCAACCUCGUCGGAGCAUACAAUGGUUAGCUUCGCCGUCAACCUCCCCAAUGGGACCACAUUAUUCCAUCGGACGCUGCUCACCACCGGAAGGACUACUUCUGACUACGCCGAGGAGAUCCUUUGGGAUGCCGUCAUCAAACUUAGCAACGACCGUUCCGACCGGUGCGCCGGCGUCGUUGCCGACCGCUUCGGCACCAAGGCCCUUCGCAGCCUCGAGGGCCGUAGCCGAAGGAUGGUGAACAUCUCCUGCCAACUCGAAGCAUUCAACAACCUACUUGUGGACUUCGCGCAGUAUCUUCCAACCUUCGCUCGAGCGUCGGCCAAUUGCUCGAAGCUAGGCAACUUCAUUAAUACCCAUUCUCGAGUCCUAAGCAUCUUCAACAAGUAUCAGCUCGAAGAGCACGGUCACACGCGCCUCCUUCGAAGCCGCUCUUCUCCCACCGACAGCAGCAACAAACCAACCGACUUCCCCGCCUACUUCGCCGUGUUGGAGGACGUCAUGGACUUCGUGCGCCCGAUCCAAAUGGCCGUCCUCGACGACGACUACAAGCUCGUCAGCGCCGAGGAGCCAAUUGCCAGAGACAUGGCGGAGCUGAUUCAGGACGGCAGAUUUUGGACCGAGCUGGAGGCGGUUCACUCGCUGGUCACGCUGGUGAAAUCCAUAGCCAGUGAAAUCGAGACAGAGCUGCCACUAAUCGGGCAAUGCUUACCUCUGUGGGAUGAGCUGCGAUCCAAGGUCAGAGAAUGGCGCGCUAAGUUCAGUAACUUCGACGGCUCUCUGGUCGAGAAUUUGAUCGAGAAAAGGUUCCAGAAGAACUACCGCCCGGCUUGGUCCGCGGCGUUCGUGUUGGAUCCCCUGUUUCUGGUCAAGAACACGUCCGGCAAGUACCUCCCGCCGUUCAGCCGCCUGUCGCCGGAGCAGGAAAAGGAAGUGGACCAGCUCAUAAUGCGGCUGGUGUCGCCCGAGGACGCCCACAUUGUGCUCAUGGAGCUAAUGAAGUGGAGGUCGGAGGGGUUGGAUCCGCUCUACGCCCAGGCGGUGCAGGUGAAGGACCACGACCCAUCGACGGGGAAGAUGAGGAUCGCCAACCCGCAGAGCCGUCGCCUCGUCUGGGAAACCUGCCUCAGCGAGUUCAAAUUCCUGCAGCAAGUAGCCGUGCGGCUCAUCUUCCUGCAUGCCACUUCCGGCGGCCUCAAACGCAACUCCACGUUUAAGCAAUGGAUGCGCGCGCACGCGCUGUCUCCUGCAGCGCAAAAGAUCGCUUUUCUCACGGCGCACUCCAAGAUCGGGAGAAGAGACUUCGCCACCGAGGAGGAAAAGGACGCAGAGCUCCUCAAAAUGGUCGACGACGACGACGACAUUGUCAGUGAGUUCGUGGAGGCCUCAUCAUCAGCGUAA